AUGACUGUCGACGCUGAAAAACAAGAUACGACACUCACCGUCUCGCCCUACGAGGAAGGCUCGUCGGCCAGCAACUCCGUCGAUGGCCUGCCUAAAGACGAACAAUCCCCUCCCGAAAUCAACACCGCUGCUCUGGAGGUCCCCGACGGCGGUCUAGUUGCCUGGAUGCAGGUCUCUGGCUCUUUCCUUCUCUUCACAAACAGCUGGGGCAUCCUCAACUCCUUCGGCGUCUUUGAGACCUACUACGUCUCCAUCAACCUCUCCGGCAAGUCCUCGUCCCAAAUCGCCUGGAUCGGCUCCCUCCAAGCCUUCCUCCUUCUCAUCGUCGGCAUCUUCUCCGGCCCCUUCUUUGACCUCGGCUUCUUCCGUCCCCUCAUGCUCACCGGCUCCAUCAUCGUCGUCCUCGGCCUCGUCUUCACCAGUCUCUGCAAAGAGUACUGGCAGCUCAUCCUUGCCCAGGGCAUCCUCACCGGCAUCGGUUGCGGCUUGUUCUUCGUGCCCUCCGUCGCCAUCGUGCCCCAGUACUUUGACAAGAAGCGCGCGCUGGCGCUCGGCAUCGCUGCAUCAGGAUCCUCUGUCGGCGGCGUGAUCUACCCCAUCAUCUUCCACAAGCUGCACGCGAAAAUCGGCUUUGGCUGGUCGAUCAGAGUUAUCGCGCUCAUCGUCCUCGUCACGCAGACGUACGUCGUCGCAAUCAUGCGCACGCGCGUCAAGCAGCCCCGGAAGCGCGUCAAGGCCUCAAAGAGCGUGAUCGUCUACCCUCCCUUCCUCGCCUUCGUCGGCUUUGGCUUCUUUGGCUUUAUGGGUGUUUAUAUCCCCUUCUUCUACAUGGAGGGCUUUUCCUUACUCAAAGGCAUCUUCGACGCCGACAUGUCCUUCUACACUCUCGCAAUCAUGAACGCCGCGUCGACGUUCGGCCGGUUACUCCCAAACGCGCUCGCCGACAAAAUCGGCCCGUUCAACGUCCUCGUCCCCUGCCUCGUGGCUACCAGCGUCCUCAUGUUCUGCUGGAUCCCCGCCACCGACAAAGCCGGCGUGAUCCUAAUCUCAAUCCUCUACGGCUUCUUCUCGGGCUCCAUCAUCUCCCUCUCCGCGCCCUGCAUGUCCGUCAUGACGCCCGACAUCGCCAUCCUCGGCACUCGCAUGGGCGUCUUAUUCGCAAUCUCAAGCCUGGGUCUGCUCGUCGGCACCCCGGUCGCAGGACAACUGCUCAAGACCCAUCUGCAAUUCGAAGCCCCCGCGCUGUUCGGCGGCUCCGUCCUCAUCCUCUCCGCGAUCUUGCUUACAGUGUCGCGGCUGCUGUACACCGGCCCCGUCUUGAUGGCCAAAGCGUAG